GCAAGAUAAGCCACUAGAGACCAACCUGCUUAAGAGUGAGGUAGAUGAGAACAGUGUCUGUGAACAAGGUUUAGGUGAUCCAAUUUAGCAAGCAUCAUGAAGGUACCUUUCAUUGCUAACCUGUGGUGCAUCUGUGUGAUCUUGCUGGCAACCCUGCUGAGUGCCACUAGAGGGGAAGAAUUCUUUAUUGAGGAGCAGAUCAAUGAGGGAAAAACAAUUGCUCGCGAGAAAAAUGAGAGUUACAUGUAUGCAGAGAAUACUCCCAUCCCAGACAACACUGAUGACGUGUUAGAGGCAAAAAACAUCUGCUCCAGAUAUUCCCCCAAGGAAGUGUUUCACACUGUCAUCAAUCCUCACCUUUUCAAGAUACUAGAUGAGAUGAGCACUUUUGUGGAGGCUGUGCUGCACCGGGUGGGACCGGCCUUGCACACCCUCACACUGCAUGUUGAUCAGUCUCCUAUAGGAAAGCUGAAGAUUGACGAGCUGUUUCUCGAUGUUCAAACCUUCAUGCUUGGCACCAUGAGGGACGUGUAUGAUGGUCUGAGGCAGGCAUGGAGGGAGCUGAUCAUUACUCACAUCAACAAGCCUUCCUUACCCCACCACACACUUGCUGCUCUUGCCCAUGUGGUGGAGACCCAGAGUGAGGGGCAGAAGCAACUAGUGGCAAGUCUUCAAGAGUUCUCCAUUAUCCUGAAGGCAGUAGUUUUCAACAGUAUCCAUGUCAUAGAGGCAUCCCUCAAUAUUCCCAACAACACAGGUGACCACGAGGCUGCCCUUGCCAUCAGCCAGAAGCUUCCCAAGAUUGCACCAAAUUUCUUAGGCACAUUGAUAUACAAGCUCCUGAAACGGGGCAGUGACAUUGGUGCCCAUGAGAAAAUCCUCACCAGUCCCCUGAGAUUCAUCAUGCCACUUGUUGAGAAGAUGCAUGCAGAACUGAAGGCAACCAUUGACAGGAGAGGAGGAACUGAAGAAGGGAAAAAGGAAGAGAAUGAAGAGGAGAAGAAGAAGGAAGAGGAGGAGGAGGCCAUGGAAGCAUUCUGGAAGGCUGCAGUAGAAACUUCCCACCAUCACCUUGAAGAAUGGCCGUUGCUGGAUGAGGACUUCCAGCUCAUCUACAGUAAUGAAGAAUACUUGUCUGAGGUGCUUCUUCAGCUGAUUAUCUCUUUCUGACACACACACACACACACACACACACACACACACACACACACUAGUUCAGUGACUAUCAGAUGCAUUGCUUGUCUCUAGUAAUUGAUGCCCAGCUUUUCAUUGCAACACCCCAGACUGACUCUGAAUUACACCAUGACCAGCCUUGUAAGUGGUGUGAAUAAGAGUGAUCUACUUCUCUGUGCCUUAUGUCUCAUUACCAACUAAACAAAACAGGAUCUCAGUGUCCAGCUUUAACAAUAAAUAAAUAGGUAAAUAGAUUCAUGAAGAUAAUAGAUGGAAAGAUAAGGAAUCAGGGCAUGUCAAAGGGAGGUCUCAGUAUCAAAUUAAAAAAACAGGAUUUCACAUUGCAGUUCUCAAUUUUGACAGUGAAUAAGUGGAUGAGUAAACACAUGAAGGUAACAGAUGGCAGGACAAGGAAUCAGGGCAUGUCAAAGAGAGAUCUGAGUCUGUAGAAGUGUAACCAUUGGGGAAUAAACUCAGGAAACUCCAUAUAAU